ACAAACUAAUAUUUGUCUUUCAGUCACUGAGGGCUGAAUACUACAGUCUCGGUACUACAGUACACAACUCACUCACUCCAUCACCCUUUCUCCUAUCUGUCCCUCUGUCUUUCAAUCAGUGUUUCUCUCCUUUCUCUCUUAUUCUGCUUCGCCCUCCAUUUUGUCUCUGCCAUUUCUUUCUCGUUCUCACUCAAUUAAUGCAGAGAUUUAGUUGGAGGGUGAAAAAGUUUCCAUCGAGGGUCACCAGAUCUCUCCUCUGGACCUGCUCCUUUCCUCUCCCACAACUGACUGUUUUAAGUGUUCUGAUCUUGGAUCAGUUCAGGGGUGACUAACGGUGAGUUUCUCUCCCUGGCUGCCUCUUUCUCUGUGCAGAUGGAGGGAUAGAUCAGGUGUCCCAGGCCUGUCUUCCGCACUCCAUCCGGACAGCAGAAAGGCACAUUUGUUCACUUUGAGUCUUUUGUGCUCCCGAGACAAUGGGCGCAGUCUCUGGGCCAUUGGGGUGAGGGGAGCGAGUUUGAGGGGGAUGGGUUGGGAGCAGUUGAAGACGUGGCGCUGCGCUCCAUUUUCUCUGCUCCUCACUGGCUGUUCCACCGGAUGUCCCCCACGGCUGCUGCUCCUCACUGGCUGUCCCACCGGAUGUCCCCCACGGCUGCUGCUCCUCACUGGCUGUCCCACCGGCUGUCCCCCACGGCUGCUGCUCCUCACUGGCUGUCCCACCGGAUGUCCCCCACGGCUGCUGCUCCUCACUAGCUGUCCCACCGGAUGUCCCCCACGGCUGCUGCUCCUCACUGGCUGUCCCACCGGAUGUCCCCCACGGCUGCUGCUCCUCACUGGCUGUCCCACCGGCUGUCCCCCACGGCUGCUGCUCCUCACUAGCUGUCCCACCGGAUGUCCCCCACGGCUGCUGCUCCUCACUGGCUGUCCCACCGGAUGUCCCCCACGGCUGCUGCUCCUCACUAGCUGUCCCACCGGAUGUCCCCCACGGCUGCUGCUCCUCACUGGCUGUCCCACCGGAUGUCCCCCACGGCUGCUGCUCCUCACUAGCUGUCCCACCGGAUGUCCCCCACGGCUGCUGCUCCUCACUGGCUGUCCCUCCGGAUGUCCCCCACGGCUGCUGCUCCUCACUAGCUGUCCCACCGGAUGUCCCCCACGGCUGCUGCUCCUCACUGGCUGUCCCUCCGGAUGUCCCCCACGGCUGCUGCUCCUCACUGGCUGUUCCACCGGAUGUCCCCCACGGCUGCUGCUCCUCACUGGCUGUUCCACAGGAUGUCCCCCACGGCUGCUGCUCCUCACUGGCUGUCCCACCGGAUGUCCCCCACGGCUGCUGCUCCUCACUCUGCCCGCGGUAUGGCACAGAAGGGAGUGGUCGGACAUGCUGCAAAAGAGACGGGCACUGUAAACGUGUCGAUAGGCAUGCUAACUGUUGGGAUGAGAAUAGAUCAAGGUGUAUUUGUUAAGAUGUCAUUAUUUCAGCUAUGGUGACGUGUACAUUUGUCACUUUUCACAAAUAGUAUGUUAUGUUUCCAAUGGCUCUGUACUUGCUAUUUGUUUAAUUUUGCCUACUGUGCCUAGUUCUUUCGACUGAACUGCAUUCGCCCUCCGUGUUGUUGAAGUACUGAACUAGUUGGCAUGGACUAAAAAGUGCUGAAGUCAAAGUUAAGUUUUGUUGAGCAAGACUAACUACGUGGUCACUGGUGGUGCUGUAGAGCCCAUCUAAUAGUAUCCAGGCAGAUAAAUGUGAUUCAUGCAGCGGUGUGGUGCUUCGGUCUGUUCAGCCCUGAGCCUCUGCUCCAGGCAUGGGAGCUGCAUACCAAUAGCUGUUUUUUUUGGAGGGGGUGGUUUUCACCUUCAGAAGAGGAGGAGAGGAGCUGCCUUCACACACCCGGACAAAGAAUGACCUGUCCCAACUGCUUAUAAACUUUGUCCACCGCAAGUCAGACGGCUAAAGGGAUGCAAUUGCCAAUUAAUUAUUGUCCCCGAACACUGUCCCACUAAGAACAUGUAGCCAGCAGUACGUGACCUGGAGGUUGAGUCAAUAUUUAGGCAAAUGACAGUUGAUACUUUCUGUCAAAGACUGAAUAGCAGACUGACUCCGCAGGUUAACAAUCCUCUUUUCCCUGGUAAUGUUCCUGCUUCUCGCUCCCAGCCUGUCCGUCAGGUGGUCCAGGAUGCUACCGGUGUCAGCUGACGAAGCAUCCAUCAAGGAAAUGUCAGCGGCCAAUCACGCUUUAAUGGCUGUGUUGACGCUGUCAUUAUUUUUCAUGUGUCUCGCGCAGCAGGGCUCGUCUGGGCAAUCGUUGGCUGAUGACGUCAGCAGCUCACCUUUUGUCUGAGCCGGAGAGGUGGAGCUGCCCAGGUGACAGGUGGAGCCAAAGAUGCCUGUGGAGGUGCCACUCUCAGCCGGUAGUCAUGGACAACAUUGUCCCUGCAGCACAGGAAGUGACAUAAUGUCGGAAGAGGAUGAACGUCGAGUCGCUACCCAGUCUGUGAACAGGCCCUUGCGAUUGGACCUGAUCCUAGAGCACACUGAGCCCCUACUUUCCGAGUCCCACUUCCUGCCUCUACUAGAUAUCAGUGAGGAGCCCCAAGACUGUCUGCCACUGGGAAACUGCUUGAUCCAAGAUGGAAGCCUGUCUCUGGAUGGAUGUGUCCAGUUGGAAAGAAAAUGGGUGCUAUGGCAUGAGUUCAUGAAGGAGUGCUCCUCUCUCUGCGACUGGCUCCAAUUGGCUGAGAAGUCUGCCGACUCCCCGAGAUCUGCCCAUGUGCUCUUUGUCACUGCCAAGGAGGAGCUCAAGAAAUUUGAGAGCCUGAGGACCCAGGCUGGGGCUCGGCUGGUGCAGCUGGACAGUCUGACCCUUAGGAACAGGACCCUGACCAGGCUCUUUGAUGGGGCCAUGCGGUCACGCCUGCUGGGCAUGGCCAAGGACUGUGGUCAGCGCUGGGACCGCCUACAUGGAACCAUUGAGAGUGUCUGCCGCAGACUCAAGCACUGUGUGUCCCAGCGCGAGGAGUUUGAUGGCCAGAGGGAGGAGAUGGCUGUGUGGCUUGCUGACAUGGACCUUAGGCUGACCGAGGUGGAGCACUUCUCUGGAAGGGACACCUGUGACAAGAUGCGGGAGCUGCAGAGCUUCCAGGAGGCAGUGGGGGAGAAUGCGGGGCGUCUGAACUGUCUCCUGGAGCGGGGUGAGGCGCUAAUCCAGAGGAGCGAGCCAGAGGACGCCCAAGAUAUCGAGGCGGGGCUGCAGGAGCUGCUGCUCUACUGUGCCCAAGUAUUUGAGGGAGUGGGCCAUCUGCACACACGCCUGCUCAGCAUGAGACUGGUGUAUGAGGAUGACUGGGUACUGACUCAAGCCUCUGACUCCGGCUGUCCGUCUGAGAUCCUGUUGGAGCAGGAUGGUGUGUUUGAGAAGGGCAGUGCCCCAGACCAGCGGAACCCCACCAACCUGGACCACAUGGUGCUGGAGUGGGACCCCUCCGUCGACAUCGGGGGCCCCGUCUCCCAAUACGACGCUGGCUUGUCAUAUUUCAGCGCCCACACAGAUCGAGAGAAGCCAUUGGCAAGAGAUGGUGUGAAGAGGCGGAGUUACCUCAGUUCCAUAGGCUCUCAGUCUGAUCUAAAUAACAGCGCAGCAGAGGACAUGAGUCUGGAGAGGAGGUUUGAGUAUGCAGGUCCAGAGGUGUUCUCACCUCCCACAACCCAGAGUGUCAGAGAUGACAGACCUCUACUCUCUGGCUGCUGGACGACCUCCACGCCCGACGGACCCUCCCCGGAGCCUGUGACCUUUGACCCUGCUCGCAUCAGCGCUUGGCUGGGACAGACGCAUGGACACACCGUCCCCUCUAGGGUCCCCUUGGUCCAACAGCGCAGAGCCUGCUCCAAGGCAGUCCAGACCGACAGUACUGGGAAGUCUCCAGAGGAAGAGCUGCACUGCAAUGCCUCAUGGGAGGUGGUCCAUAGUGAGCAACUGCCAAAUGAGUGCCCUGACAGACAAACCCAGUGCAGCUCGUGGCCCCUGGGGGCACUAAAGACUCUGAGGAGCCUAGUGUUCCUGGUCGUCCUGCUGGCUGUGUUCCUAGCCCUGCUGGUCUGGCCCACAACACUCCUCAUGGACUUAGAGUGCCACCGCUCCAACUCCUUUGCCCGCACCUUCCAACUGGCCCUGAGCUACGUCAACGGGCCCCCGCCAACCUGAGGGACAAAAGUGUCCCAGAAGGUGGUCACAUCAAAUCCGUGGUGAGCCCUGAACACACCUUAUUCAGGGGGAACAGUCCCAGAAUGCCUUUCCAUUUCAAAACCAUGAGUAAGGCAUUAACAAGGAGGCCACAUGAGAAAAGAGAGAAAUUAAGAACUAUUAGGCCCAAUAAAAAUGUGGCCUUGGUAUUUAUUAUCUGAAUCCCUCCACCAUCCUGCUGGCAGAAGUAGCUCAUCUCUAAUGGCAUUCAUAAUGUCUUACUAUGCCAGGGUAGCACUUUUGUUGAUUGGUCUGUCAUGAUGGAUUUGUAACUUAUUUAUAUGGUGAUUAUAAUCUAUAUGGACGACUUAAUGACGGCAAAUACUUUGAGCAAUUCUCUUUUGGGCAUUUGAAAUGAUCUGUAUAUCAAUAUUUAUUAUGUCAAAGCUAGAGAGAGCUUUCGAUUUAUUCUGCACUCUAUAUUGCAAGCGCUUGACUAUUGGUUCUAUCCGCAUUUUUGUCCAAAUUGAGUUAUUGAUCAAGCCUUGUUCUGUUUAAUGUUCUCUACCUAUAUAGUACUCUAAACACCCCAAUCUUGUUAAAUUCAAAAGAAUACAAGACAAACAUUGCUGACACCUUUCAAACCAUUGAGAGUUUGGAACUUUGAAGCCAAUUAUCUCAGAAUCAUCUUUUUGCAGGUAAUCGUUAGUCCCAAGCUCUCGAUUUCACAUGGGGUUUCUGCAAAUGAAUGAUACUGAAUGCCCGAGCUCGGAUUUACUAGGGCGACUUGCAGAGAUGACCCAUUUGUAGGUCAAUGGGAUAGGUGACCUGGCUAAUGCACUUAGGAUAAAUUAGCACUCCUUUUGUGCUGCUGCUGUGUGUGUGUGUGUGACCUUGUUUGCAUGUGCGUGGGUCGUUAGUAUAUACUCAAUGAAUUUCUUUUACAUCUGCUGCGAUGCCAACAGGGUCCAGCUGGAAAACAAUCAGGCAAAAGCCAAUGCAUCUGAGGCCAGUGAAGACAGUGUAAGCCUCUAAACAUACUGUAUGGGUUAUGUAAUAGUUUAUGGCCAAUGCUUAUGUUUUGACAUAGUGAAUGCAAUCCUGGAUCUCAUCCAUAUGUCACAAAUGUAAUGUCAGUCUUAAGAAGUGAAUGGAUAAAAACUCCAUAAUAUUAUGUGAGGUACAUGCACCUCAUCUGAAAAUGUUGGAAUAUGUUUGCCUUAUGCUUGUAGGUGUGUGUGUUUGUUUGUGGGGGAGUGUUUGCACGGAGUUUUGAUUCUUGUCCGUCCAGUGUGUAUCAGCGUGGAAAUGUAGUGAAGUGUAACAAAUCAGAUUUCUUAAAAUCAGAUUCCUCAGCUUCUUGCAUUUCAUGGAUGAUUUUUAAACUUCCCCUUUAUACAGUAAAGGAUUCCUUUUUUUUUUUAUAUAUAUGUGGAGUUCAAGAUCUGUACAUGCGUCAUGAAAUUAAAGAACAGUGUGAGA